AUGUCUGGACAUGCUGUCCCCGAGUGCCAUCUUUUGACAGGAGUUUCCCCUGAACCAGUAAACUAUGCUCAAGGAAACCCUUACUCAAACACAUAUAACCCUGGAUGGAAGAAUCACCCUAACUUCUUGUACAAGAACAAUAAUGCUUUGUACGCACCUGGUCAAGCGCCCGGUGUACCACCUGGAUAUCAAAAGGAACCCUUCGCUGCUCCUAACGUCCCUAGGAAGUCUAACUUAGAAGUAAUGAUCGAAAAUUUCAUAGCCACUCAAACUCAGACUAAUAAGGAUUUCCUAAACCAAAACGUGCACACCAAUGAGCAAAUCAAACACUUAGCGACUAAACCACAACCUAACCCAAAAGGACAUGCUCAUGCUAUUAUUCUGCGAAGUGGUAGAGAGAUGGACAAACCGACUGACCCUAGGCUUAAAAACCCUGCUAUGUUCCAAAACCCUAGUAAGACAACUGAGGAGGAAAGUAGACCCAAGGAUAAACCAAGUGACCCGAAAGAGAAAGAGGACAAGGAAGGCGAGACGGAGGAAAAAGAAGCGCCAUACAUACCUCCACCACCUUAUAAACCACCUAUCCCGUAUCCUCAAAGAUUCGAGAAAUCUAAAAGCAUAGGGCAGUUUAAGAAAUUUGUCGAACUUCUUAAACAGUUGAACAUUAUAAUUUCGUUUACAGAAGCCAUUACCCAAAUGCCCUCAUAUGUUAAGUUCCUAAAAGAAAUCCUAUCGAAUAAGAAGAAAUUAGAAGACAACGAGACCGUAACACUCACUGCCGAAUGUAGUGCUAUAAUUCAAAAUUAA